GGACAAUCUUCUCAGCCGGACACGGCUGUGGACGGUCCGCCUUUUCUGGGCCUGUGGCCCAACUCGUAGGCCAGAUGCCGGCUGCGUAUAGGACGGCUUCCCGUUCCUCUGAUAAAGGGAAGGGUCCAGCUGUUGACGGCUCCCCUAGCCUCUCUGACGAUGAAUCUUCUCCAGCUUUUGGAAAGAUGUCUUCGUCCGAUCGUGAGAAGCUCAAGACGGAGCUGUUUAAGUGCUUUCCCGAACCUUAUAUCAAGGGGUUAAGGGGAGCAUCGUCUGGGCAUGUAGGUUACAUGUCUCAGCUUGCUGCCGAGGUACGUCUUUCUUUUUCUAGACGCUUAUGUUUUAUACUUGACAUUUAUUUUCUUCUUUUUUCAUCCGUCCUGACAUGCCUUAUCCUUUCAUGUGUUCAGCUUUUUGCUCGCAGCAUGAUAACAGAGGACUGGGCAAAGGAGCUCAGAAAAGAGAAUAAGAAGCUCGUCCACGAUGUGACGGCGGCUGCUGAUCAUGCCCAGUUUGCUAUGGCCCAGCAAGAGGUGCUGCAUCAGCAGACCAAGGUUGCGUUGGAAAAACGGUCUGCCGAGCUAGAGUCUCAGAUCAAAGUCUACCUUCUUCGGUUGACGGAGAUGCUGGACGAACGGGCUUCAUUGGAACGUGUCCUGACGGACGAGAGGAACUCAGUCAUGACGAUGGCUGCUGAUUUUUUCAAGGAGAACCUCGUCCUUAAGGUCAAGAACCAAGCCCUUCGUACUGAGGUGGCCGAGACCAUUGCUGGCGCCAAAGAGGCUAUGAACACCGUCAUAGAUACCUCAAAGGAAUGGGCAGUGCAAGCUUUUGGCAUGAUGGCCGAAGAAGAGGAUAUCCCCAGAUAUGCUCGUCGGCUGGCGUUCCAGGAGGCUUUGCAUAAGGCGACUAUAUCCGGAGCCGACCCUCCCGUUUUUGAAGAAUCUUCUGAAGAUGAAGAGGGGGAGGACGAUGCUGAGGCCCAGGAUGAAGAGGACAAUGAUCCUCCUGCCGCUUAGUUCCUUUGUUGUAUCUUGGCCGUGAGCCAUUUGUAAUUUUCCUCCUUUUGUACUUAGAUGAAUUUAGGUUGUAAUCAUCUUUUUUACAUUUAUGAAAAGCUAUCUUUUUCAAUCUCUCUUGUUCUAUGCUUUACUGUUUUUGACAUAUUACCU